AUUCCUACCGCCGACACCAUGCGCGCUUAUCAACUCGUUUCUGCGGCGUGUGUCCGGCGAGAGGAUCAUCCUCAUCCUUUCGGAUCUUGGUCACACCGCAGAACACAGCCACGCUCCACCGCCGCCAUGUGCAGUCAUGAUGCUAUAGGUGUGUUUUCAGCGGAUGUGGUCGCU